AUGCCAGAGACUCGGCUUAUCGAAGACGAGGAGGAUGAAGACGAGGAGCAGAGAAGGACUCUGCAGGACAGAGGUCAGACAACGGAUCUGAUUGGGAGAACAAAAACACGACGUCUGGACCACAGUCAGGGACCACUGUCUUCUCUACGAGCUGCUAUCAAGAGAACAAGAACAAACUCUCAAGGUGACAACAGAGCAGAGAGGAGACGACCAAACAUCACCAUCGUCUCAGUGGAACCUCUGACCAGAAGCGCCUGGUUCGCCGGAGGCCCGGUGGUUUUUCCUCCUCCAGCAGGCUGGUCCACUGGCAUCCCCACUGUUUCACAGCUGCCGCCAUCCUAUGACCAGGUGAUUAAAGAGAAGACACAGACAGAUCAGCCGGCCAAGCCCACAGCGGCCCCACGCCAGAGAGGAACACAGGCCCAGCCGCUUAGGAAAGACUCCGAUCCACACUUUGGUGCCGCUUCGCCACAUCCAGGGAGAAACCCUGCAGCUAAAAAGCCCCAAAAGCCUCCGAGGUCUUCAUUUCCAAAAGUAUCAGAGGUAAAAAGAGGCGUCAAGGUUGUAGAGAGAACAGCGGAACACACCAGUACAGAGGGUUGUAGUCGUGCGUGUGAUCCAGACCACUUUGGAUCUGAUGAGGCGGACUCCCAACGUACGAGCAGAUCCGUCACCGUCCACUGGACAACUGCGACUAAUCAUCAGUCUGACUCUGCUUCUGUUCAACGUGCUGCUUCAAACCUAGAAAACGCUCAGAGACCUGUUCCACGUCCCCGAACGAAACUGAACAAAAACGCGACAAAAGAGGAGCAUCAGACUUUGAUUACACUUGGAGAAAACUGUGACGCGUUUCAGUCUUUUUCACGAGACGUUCCCACCAAUAAGUACCUGGAGGAAUUACUGGAGGUCUUCGGUGAACGUAGCGACUGUGAGGAGGGCCGGUACUACGUCGACCAGUCGUAUGAGAAGUCGUUGGAUGAAGAUGCAGAUGGAACAAUGAGUGCCAACAACAAUCACCGAAACAUCCGUGCCAGGAUUCAAGCUUUUGAGAGCCAAACUGGUACCGAAGAGGACAAUGAGUCACAAGCAGCCACACCAGACCUUCCACCAAGGAGGGCCACCUACAGACCCCCGGUUGCUUCUAAACCUCCUGCAACUUUUAAACCUAAUGGCCCGAAUAACUCCAGUCAGAACAUGUUUGCUUCUCAAAACUCACAAAACCAAGAACCGCUCACCAGACCCAAGCCUCCUACCAAACCAGUGGGGCAUUCAGUGAGAGAGGAGCUGGAGGCCUUACACAGCAAGGGGGGUCAGCCCCACAGCUCACUACCUUUCAGGUUGACCAGGUCCGACAGCGUCCACGAAGAGGAACCGGCUCCGUUUCCGCCCGUACCCCCGGUGAAACCGUUCAAAGAGCCACUUAGACCCAACCUGAACAUAAACAACCACAACUCACACGAUGAGAGCGAGAGCGUGGCCGGCCCAAUCAAAAAAGUGCCGCUCAAACCUCAGUAUAGUGUGGCCAGCAAUGGCAGCUCUGUCAGCAGACAGGGCACGUGGAGAAGACCAACCACCAUCAGGGUUCCUAGCAAGGCUCCUUCAGAUAACUUUCAGGAUGACGCUCCUCCUCUUCCAGUUAAAAAGCCCAUAGGCUCAACGAGCUUCUCCUCCUCCUCCUUAGCAAGCUAUAAGGAGAGCCUUAGAUCCUCAAGGUCAUUUCAGAACACUUUCAGCACCGGACCGGAGCCACCGCUUCCACCCAGGAAGCCCAGUGGGAACAAAAGCCUCCCGCCCCGGCCCCCUCCAGCCAGGACGGGCCCCGGCAGACCUGCCCCCCCAAGCCUUCAGGCAGCGGGUCGAUCUCAGUCGGAGCCGCAGCGAUCUUCGCCAAAGUUCAAAGCUCAGAUGCCGACCAAGAAAGGCCUGGUGCUGCCUCCCAGGCCCGGUCCGGGCCACCGCCUCUACAACAACUACAUGCUCCCGCUCCCUCACGGGAUUGCGUCUGCUGAUUUUGACGGGAGGAACUCAGAGGAGCUGACUCUGCAGAAAAACGAAGUAGUUCUGCUUCUGGAGAAGAUCAGCCACAGUGAGUUUGACUGCCAGAUCGGAGAAACCAGAGGGAGAGUCCACAAGUCCCGAAUGACGAUCAUAACUCCUCUGGACUCUGAUUUUUCCCACCCACAGGAAGAAGGUGCAGCUGCUUCGGGUGGAGGUGCUGAUGGGCUUAAGGUGAAGGCUCUGCAUGACUUUGUUCCAGAGGGUCCGAUGGAGCUGAGCCUCUCAGCAGGAGACGUUGUGACUGAAGUGGAGCAGGUGGACAACCAGUGGUACCGAGGCACCUGUAACGGCUCUACUGGGUUCUUUCCCAUCAGUUAUGUUAAAGUACUGUCCAAUUCACCCAAACCGUUAGCCAAGAAGAAGAAGAAGAAGACGCAAGCUGCCUCCGUCAGCGGUCCCAGGUGUGUGGCCCGGUUCGAGUUCGAGGGGGAGCACAGCGACGAGCUGUCCUUCUCGGAGGGGGACGUGAUCCAGCUGAAGGAGUACGUGGGGGAGGACUGGGCUCGGGGGCAGGUCGGUGCCUCUGUGGGCAUCUUCCCCCUGAACUUUGUGGAGGUCAUCGAGGAUCUGCCUCUGCCCCCGAGGCAGCAGCCGGGUCCGGCUGCCGGGGUGGCGUUGCCAGGUCUUGCUGCUCAUUCUGCCUUUGGACAAGCAGCAGCUGCCAAACCUGCCCAGACCGCCGGGUCUGGUGUGCAGUGGGCGGUGGCUCUGUACGACUACACAGCAAAGACCCAGGACGAGCUGUCGUUUCAGAAGGACGACUGCAUCCUGAUCACCGAGCACCUGAGCGAGGAGUGGAGCAGUGGCAGGCUCAACGGCAGGGAGGGCAUGUUUCCCAGGGCCUUCGUCAACGUCUCGUCGGGAGAGCAGCAGGGCGGAGCCGCUGGCUGCCUGACAGGAACGGCUCUGUACCGCUUCACAUCAGACUGUGAGGAGGAGCUCUCACUCCAGGUCGGGGACAUCGUCACCAACCUGGAGCCGGUGGAUGACGAAUGGUUUCUGGGGGACUUGAGGGGAAAACGGGCCCUCGUCCCUAAAAACUAUCUACAAGUUCUUGAUUAAUGGACUUGUAGCUUGAACCGGUGGACGUUUAAUCAGUCGUGUUUGGAAAGCAUUAAAACUUAAACAGUGUUUAAAGUUGUGCAACCUUUCUCAAGCAUUUACUGAACUACGUUCUAAAUAAAAAAAUGAUCAGUAUUUCUCUAGGUCUAUUCUGAAUUUAACUGAACACUUGCUCCCCCUACUGGUUCUUCAUCAUCCAUGCUACUGAAAUGUUUGGCCCUUACAGAUGUUUAGUGUAACUCUAAUCUGAAUAAGACUGGGCCGGAAGAUGACCACCAGCAGUAGUUAAUUGAAGCCUCCAGUCCUCUUUGAUUUAAAGAUAAAGUGUGUAAGUUAUUACCACUCCUGAUAUUACUUUAUUAUUAAUGAAUGGAAACUGUUUUUAAUGUACUUGAUAACUCAAAUGUACAAGAUUAAAUGCAUUAUAACAAUUCA